UGACUGAUUCGCGUUCACGACAGGAAGCUGCGACUCUGGUGUGAGAAGAGGAGCACUUGCCGGUCAAGUCUUCAUUUAUAAGUAAACCAUGAAGAUCUGGACAUCUGAGCACGUUUUUAAUCACCCAUGGGAAACUGUGACCAAAGCAGCCAUGCAGAAGUACCCAAACCCCAUGAAUCCCAGUGUUUUUGGUGUCGACGUGCUAAACCGCACCGUGGACCAGCAAGGUCGCCUCCACAGCAAACGCCUGCUUAGCACUGAAUGGGGCCUUCCUUCUAUUGUCAGAUCAAUAAUUGGUAAUGCAAGAACAUGUACAUAUGUUCAAGAGCACUCACUUGUGGAUCCCAAAGAGAAAACCUUAGAACUCCAGUCUGCAAAUAUAACAUUUACUAACAUGGUAUCUGUGGAUGAAAGACUUAUAUACAGACCACAUCCUGAUGACCCAGAAAAGACUGUGCUGACCCAGGAGGCAAUCAUCUCUGUGAAGGGAGUUAGUUUGAGUAGCUACCUAGAAGGACUAAUGGCAAGCAGCAUCUCAACCAAUGCAGGAAAGGGUCGUGAAGCUAUGGAGUGGGUUAUUAGGCGUCUGAAUGCUGAGAUUGAAGAACUAACUCUUACAGCAAGAGGCACCAUACGGACACCAAUGGCUGCAGCAGUUACAGAAAAAUGACUUUUCCAUGUUUCUGCAUUCCUUUUUCUGUUUCAUUAGGGAUCUUUUUAAUGUAUUUAUUUGCUUUGCUUUGUGUCUUUCCAUGCCUUUCCACACCAGCAUACGGCCUCCUUCUCUGUGACAGUGUGUUUCUUUCAGCCUUUUUCCCUAUUUGAGGAAAAGUAUUCUCUCCGACCCCUCCUGUUGUAGCAUCUAUAUUAGAUGCACAGUGGGAUAGUGAGAGAGUCUUACCAUCAACCAUACUCCCUUACUGUAUGAGGUGUAACUAAUGUGUACCUUGGGUGUCAAAUCGCAUCAGAUAGCUGAGCAUUUCUUUUCAUUCUUUUUUUUUGGGGGGGGGGGGGGGGGUAGUUGACAUUUGUGCAAACUGUUCAUUACUAAAGUGUUUAAAGAAUACCUGCAUGACUUGUGCAGUACAAUGACUAAGUUGGAUGUUUUUAUGUAAUGCACUCUCUAGGUUAAACUGAGGUCAGACAUAUUAUUGUACUGUUAACAUGGGUUGUUCUGUUUAAUGAUGCCUUACAAGCAUUCUCACACUUGAAUACUGUACUAGGGUUAUAAUAUUCAUUAUUAUAGAAUUGUAACAGUUUAUAGAAAUACAAUGAAGGGAACAAUUCAAUAUAUAUAUUUUUUGUUUUAUGAUGCUAACGUGUUUUCAAAAAUAGUACUUAUGCCCUAAUUAUGCUGAUUAUUGAUUGCAAUUUCAUGUCAUAACUGUCUUGAAGGAGGAAGGCAGCAUAAUGCCAUAUUUUAUUAGAAGGCAAUUUUGUGUAGGUAUGUGGGGGGGGGGGGGGUGGUGUAUAUAAUAGUUAUACUUUUUUAAAGGUGUGUUUUUUCUGUAAACAUAGAUAUGGAAUUUGAAGUAUUUUAGAAGUUAGGAUGGUUGUCAUGUUUAGUAGAGCAUCUUAAAGAUUGAGUUGCAUAAUUCUUGUUAGCUUUAGCAUGAGCAAACGCACAAUUUACUCUGAACCAGAGAAGCGGGUUCUAACCUUAGGCAUUUAUUUCCCUAUCAGGCCAAACAGUGAAAGAGGAGACCAGAGGUAUUGGGGAACAGGGAAUGCAUACUUGCUCAUUGGUUAACCCAAAAAGCCAUCUAUUUAUUUAUUUAUUUAAACAGCAGUAGCCUUUGUUAUUUCAUACAGUGAUCAUUCAUAAACCAGUUGAGGUUGGUAACAUUUGGAGUGCGGGAGGCUUCUUAAAAUGUAAAAUGUAGUUUACAAUUUUAGUGUUUGCAUUUGAAUUUACCUCUUGGGGGAGAGAUAUUGCAUUUGAUGCUGAUCCUAAUGAUAUAUCGUUAUUACUCAUCACCCAGUAUUUAUGGUAAUUAGUUGUUUUAUAUAAAAAAUAAACAGGAUUUUCUCUGUGUUGUAAAGUCUUUGCUGAGGUGUAAUAAUAACUUUUGUAUAAUAAAGGUCUGUUGCACUCAUGUAAUAAGUCAA